AUGGAGCGAGAAGGCUUGUCACCAGCGAUCUCGAUAUGGUCAUUUCUGUCGAGCAAGGCAGUCUCUUCAGAUUACAUUACGAGGAUUGUAUUUAUAUUUAAUGUAUAUGUCAUAUCUAUCUAUCUAUCUAUCUAUCUAUCUAUCUAUCUAUCUAUAUUAUAUCUGUUUAUAUCUAUCUAUCUAUCUAUCUAUCUAUCUAUCUAUCUAUCUAUCUAUCUAUGUAUUAUUCCAGACUAUUCUUUGCUCAUAUCUAUCUAUCUAUCUAUCUAUCUAUCUAUCUAUCUUUUGCUCAUAUCUAUUUUUCUAUCUAUCUAUCUAUCUAUCUAUCUAUCUAUCUAUCUAUCUAUGUAUUAUUCCAGACUAUUCUUUGGUCAUAUCUAUCUAUCUAUCUAUCUAUCUCUAUAUCGAUCUAUCUAUCUAGAUAAUUAUGUAUAUACAUAUAUAUAUAUUAUAGUUUGCUCAUAUCUAUCUAUCUAUCUAUCUAUCUAUCUAUCUAUCUAUCUAUCUAUCUGUUUUAGUUUGUUUAUAUCUAUCUAUCUAUCUAUCUAUCUAUCUAUAUUAUCUUCUAUCUAUCUAUCUAUCUAUCUAGAUAAUUAUAUAUACACAUAUAUAUAUAUAUACUAUAUAUAUAUAUAUAUAUUUAUAGUUUGCUCAUAUCUAUCUAUCUAUCUAUCUAUCUAUCUAUCUAUCUAUCUUAGUUUGCUUAUAUCUAUCUAUCUAUCUAUCUAUCUAUCUAUCUAUCUAUCUAUCUAUCUAUCUAUCUAUCUCUAA